AGAUAGAAUCUAUUCUGACCUUUGCAAAUUUCAUUGAGAGAAUCGUUGACUUGCAAGACCUGUGUUUGACUUUUGAUGUUCUGUUGCCUUUAAUGUGAAGAAGCAUGCUACGAUUCCGACACCGCAUGCGUCCCCGCCAGAUGCAGAUUCGUCCGGCCGGAGGACCCGAGGCCAGACUGCUGCGACUGCGACAGAUUGUAUCCGGCUUGAUCCGCUACGAGAGGAUCGAGCCGACGUGGACGCAGGCAGAUGAGGCCAGGCAGUAUGCAGAAAGGUUAAUCCACCUGGCGGUGAGGAAUGGUGACCAACACAAACCCACCAUGGAACUUGCAGACUAUUGGCUGUUGGAAAAAGAUUUGGUGCACAAACUGUUCAAGGUGUUAGUUCCGAGGUAUAGGAACCAGACGUCGUCUUUCACUGACCUUCACAAGCAGGCCGUGGAAUACCCGGGACACGGCAAUCCUAACGGGGUGCUGGAACUCAGAGGUAACCCAUGGCCGCCAGUUGCCCCACGCAGGAGAGAUACGAAAUUCCUCCUCUCUAACGUUUUGCUGGCAGCUGCUCGUAAAGAUUUCUACGAGUCGAAAAGACAACAAAAGCAACAAGAUCUGGCUUCUUCUUCGUCACCGUCAUCAUCAACUACGCCAUUAUCAUCAUCAUCAGAAGAGUUCAGUGAAACGACAGAGAGUAAUACUGUUGAGGAAGAAGGACAUUCUGUUUCAUCUUCUGUCGAUCCACCUUCGAGUAAGCCUACUACCAAUGAGAGAUGAUGAAUCAUGCUUAUAGUUUGUUUUUUUUUCUUUUUUCUUUGUUUGUUUUUUUUUCUUUUUUCUUUGUUUGUUUUUUUUAAGGUUGACCGUGAGGAGGGGGGAAAGGUAUUUUUUCUUUGCUUACCUCAAGCAAGUUGUUGAGUGAAUGGAGGAAUUUUUUUUUAAAAACUGCAGUGGCAUUGUUUUGUUUGAUUUUCUUGAUGUGGUCUUGUUGUUUUUUUGUAAGUCAGAUGAAUAAAAAUGUGCAUUUCUAACUAA